AUGGAUCGAAUAGUGUGGGACCCGAAUCAAUCUGUUACAAAGCCAAAAUUACUUCUUGAUCUUCAAGAUGAACAGAUGCUUAUUGAGAUAUUGGAUAACAAAGAUGGAGAUGAUCUUCAGCUUCAUGCUGGAGCCAUGAUCACAACUCAGUCUGCUGAGAAAUCUUCCCAACAGUUGAAAUCACAUUCCAAGAAACGCACAUCACAUGGUGUUAAAGUCUUGCAUUCCAUACCUACUCUCAAGCUACAGACAAUGAAAGCCAAACUUAGCAAUAAAGAUAUAGCCUAUUUUCAUAGGCCAAAAGCUUUAUGGUAUCCUCAUGAAAAUGUGGUGGCACUUAAAGAACAAGGAAAGCUGCUUACAAAAGGGUCAAUGAAAAUUGUAUUGAAAAGCUUGGGAGGGAAAGGGAGCAAGCUUCAUGUAGAUGCUGAGGAGACUGUUUUAUCUCUCAAAGGAAAAGCUACCAAGAAGCUUGAUUUUAAACCAAGUGAACCUGUGAAAAUUAUAUACUCUGGAAAGGAGCUUGAAGAUGAAAAAUAUCUUGCUGAACAAGAUGUUAGACCAAAUUCUUUGCUGCAUCUUGUUCGUACAAGAAUACAUUUAUUACCAAGGGCUCAAAAACUUCCUAGUGACAACAAGUCCUUACGCCCUCCUGGAUCUUUUAAAAAGAAAUCAGAUCUUUCAGCUAGAGAUGGUCAUUCUUUUCUAAUGGAGUAUUGUGAGGAAAGGCCUUUACUCCUUGGAAACCCUGGAAUGGGUGCUCGAUUGUGUACUUAUUACCAAAAAUCAAGUCCUGGUGAUCAAACAGCCACCCAAUUGCGUAGUGGGCCCAACAAUUUUGGGAACAUUCUUACACUCGAUCCAGCUGAUAAAUCCCCUUUUUUAGGAGAUAUAAAGCCUGGUUCAACUCAAUCAUGUCUUGAAACAAAUAUGUACAGAGCUCCAAUUUAUCCACAUAAACUCUCAUCCACUGACUAUUUACUCAUUUGCUCUCCAAAGGGAAAGCUCUUGUUAAGACGCAUUGACCGGAUUUACGUUAUUGGUCAACAGGAGCCUCACAUGGAGGUGAUGUCCCCUGUAUCAAAAGGUGUUCAGAUGUAUAAUAUGAAUAGGCUUCUGGUGUAUAUGUAUCGUGAGUUUCGCGCUCUUCAAAAACGUGGCUUGACACCUGCCAUUCGUGCCAAUGAGUUAUCUGCACAGUUUGCAAAUGUAGCUGAAGUUUCUUUAAGGAAGAGGUUAAAGUUAUUCUAUGAUUUUCAGAAGGGUUCAUGGGUUAUGAAGCGAAAUUUCCGUAUUCCAUUAGAGGAGGAGCUUAGAAGAAUGGUGACACCAGAAAAUGUGUGUGCUUUUGAAAGCAUGCUAGCUGGAAUGUACAGACUGAAACGUUUAGGAAUCAGCAUGACUCAUCCAUCUGGUCUCUCCUCUGCAAUGAAUCAGCUCCCUGAUGAAGCAAUUGCUUUAGCUGCUGCUUCCCACAUCGAGAGAGAAUUACAAAUAACUCCCUGGAAUUUAAGCAGCAACUUUGUUGCUUGUACAAAUCAGCUUCAACAUCAAACACGAGAAAAAUGCCAGGAGAUUUGGGAUAGACAAGUUCAAAACCUGUCUGUUGUUGAUGGUGAAGAAAACGAAAGCGACAUUGAAGCACAUAGUGAUUAUGAUUCUAAUAACUUGGUGGCUGGUGUUAAAGGCCUUAAAAUGAGACACAUGCCUUCACAAGCUCAAGCUGAUGUGGAAAAUGAAGAUGAAGCUGCUGAGUUAUGCAGAAUGCUCAUUGAUGGAGAUGACGAGGCAGAUCGGAAGAAGAAAAAAAGUGAAAGAUACGGGAGCAACUCCUAUGUCAAAUCAUAA